CAGCCACUGAAGGACUGAGAUUUGCCCCUUGGCAGCCUUGUGGAUGGAGGGGGCAGAGGAUGGGGAAGAGCGGUCCUGGCCUGAGCUAGGGCAGGAGGGGGCUCAGUCUGUCACCCCCCCGAGAGGACAGACGUCCCUGUGCCCUGCCACCUAGACCCCCAGCCCCCCUUCCCCGUCACCCUGGUCUGUGUCUCAGGGCCCCAGGGUCGUGUGCAUGGCGAGGAGGAGGGACAGCUGCGUGGUCUAGUGGUCUGUUACCCCCGUUGCGUCCUGUAGCUUAAUUAAUGCUGCAGUGAACUUCUUUGUUUCUCUCCCCACUCCUCCUGUGCUGAAAACAGAAGGAAAACGAAAGUAUGACUGAGCGAAUGAAUGAGGAAAUUCAGGAAGCCUAGGACCAGUGGGGUCUCCCCAGCUCUCCCCUCCCCUCCUCCCCACACCCGGUCUCCAAAGAAACCCCGGCCCCUCCCCCUGCAGCCUCCCUCUGCUCUGAACUGCCCCUCCCUCUCCACUGGGCUGUUGACACACCCUGCUCCUGCCUCUGCUCCCCUGGCAGCCAGAGGGCUCAGACCCACACCCGCCGCACUCCCCUUCCUCAGAGGAAAAGCCCACGCCAUCUGUCCCCGUACUCUCACUUCAGCCACACGUAGCCCUCUCCCACUCAGCCCCAGAACGUGCCAGGCCAGCCUUGCCCCGGGGCCUUCGCACCUGCUGUUCCCCAUGCCUGGAUGCUGUUCCCCGGGGCCCCCGUCGGCCCCUUUGCUUCCCUUGAGUCUCCUCCCUGAAGUUCAGAGACGCCUUCCCCGGCCCCCGUCUGUCAUACUCUGUCCCCUCUACCUCGUGGUUUUACGUGUUUGCUCCCGUCGCCGGGUGGAUAAACAGAUGCUGUGUCCCUCCCGCCUGUGCGUGGAGCUGAGGCCCGAGCGCGGCGGUGGCCCUGUGCCCGCGCCCUGCCCCCACGUGCGGUGUGUCUCCCUCGGCCGCGGCCAAGUUGGGGUGGUUUAGGCGAGCGUUUUGCCUCGGCGUUGGAAGGAGAGGCUGUGCUGGGACGGUGGCCUUGGUGACAGCCGCUGUCCCUGAGUGCAGGAGGGGCCUGUCACAAUAUUUGUUUAACAGGCCGGCCUGCUGAGCCAGGCUGCAAACACAGCGCUGCUAAGGGGGGCAGCCUCCUGCCGCCGGGCUCCCUCGCGGCGCUGGGGGCACGGUGCCCAGGAUCCAGCAUCUGUCUGGCUGCCCUGGGGCGGGCCGCCCGUGACCCUCGCGGCCCCCGCCUCCCCGCCCCCUUCCAGCCCAGGCCCCCUCUGCUCCAGCGCCCACAGCCGUCUGCUUGAGCCCCUGGAAAGGCUCCCCUUGACCCUGGCUCCCUAAGGCGCUGGGGUGGGCCCAGCACUCUCAGCUUCUGAAGGCCUCAGUGGGGACGUCCUGCCGCACAGGCCCCUUGGGACUCGGCCAGGCCCUGGGCCACCAGGCUGCCUGCCUCUCACCGCAGGACAAGAAGGGGAGGACCUGCUCUGGACGGGGCUUCUGUGGGCGGGGGGUGAGGGGAGGGGACAGGGAGGCGCGAGGCCAGCCAUUUGUUUAUUUGAAAGUCUCUUUCUUGUCUGUCUGCCUGUGUGUCCCUCUGUCCGGGCAUCCCUGGUGAGCCAGACCCUGUGCUGGCAUCUGGACACAGACGGGGCGCUCGGAGAAACCCAUUUCACAGGUGGGGCUGCUGAGGCCCACCGAGACCACCCAGCGCUCGCCCAGCCUGCACCCACGCUGCUCCUGUGGGGAGGGGGGCCUCCACAUCUGCACCCCCUGCUCUGCUCUGCCCCCCUGAACCCAUCCCCUGAUCGGCAGCCCCCUGGGCACGAGCGGCGGCCCCAGCGCCCCCGCCUGGCACGACUCCCCCACCUGGCACUCCUGCAGCCACAGUUUAGCACUUAGUGAUACGCUCUGCUCACCAAUGAUCCUCGACUUGCGUGGGCUCCCGGAGGGAGGCGGCGCUCUCAGCCGCCGGCACAGCCCCCGCGAGGCCGGCCUCCUGCCGCCUGGGCCGGGGCCCACGCCCGCAGCCUGGAGCCCACGGUGUCCCACUGGUGGCCACGGGCACAGGACCGAGGCAGCCCAUCCACUCCCUUUACAAGUGUUCAUCUGCCCCGCACCCCGUCCCUGCCCCCCUGCGGCCCCCGGGGAGCGGGCUGAGACCGUCUGCAGCCAGCGGCAGGCCAACCGCCCCCAGUUCUUCCUGAGCACUCUCACCCCCAAAGCCUGCAGCCAAGCCAGUGGCGGCGCCUUCCGACCCUGCCCCAGACGCACGCAGAAUCGCCCCCGCCAGCUCCACGCCGUCCCCCGAGUCCAAGCGGCCUCCCUCCCACUGGAUGACGGGGCUCCUCCUGGGACCACCCCCCCGCACCCCCAGGCCCCCAGCAGUCCAUCCUCCACCCACAGCCGGAGGAAGCACAACGUCCCUCCCAAACUCUGCUCCACACGGCGAAAGAAGCUCUACACGGAGGCCUCUUCGUCCUUGCUGCUCCCUUGCUCUUGACCUCCAUCUUCUCCUGCUUCCGCCCCAUCACCUGGACAUCUCGGCUCUGCCCUCCUCAGGCUCCCCUUUGCCUCUGAGACGAGGUCCCAGCCCACAGUCAAGGCCCUCAGUGACCCGUCUGCCCUGCCUCUCCCCGGCCACUCCAUCCCCCGCCCCUGUGGAAUCCUACACUGCUUGAAAACCAGCUAAAACCUGACAGCAGAGGGUCCCGGCAGACAGGACCUUAACCAGUGCUCAAGGUCAACACGCCUGUGUCUCAGGACCCCUGACGUGAGGUGAUGGGGUCGCCCGUCUCUGGGUCUUCUGUCUGCAAACCCACAACUCGGUGGAAUUGCGAGAAAGUGACAGACAAACGCAAGCUGAGGGACGGACGUCCUACAGAGUAACCGGGCCGCGCUCUUCCAGAGGGUCAGCAGGCCCUGAGGGACUCGUGGAGGACGAGCCCGGAGGGACCAGGAGGCCAGGUGGGGUCCUGGACGGGACCCCGGGCCAGAAGGAGGACGCGGUGGGAGACAUGGAGAAUCUUCAGUCAGCAGUGUCCACCGACCUCAUUUCUUAGCCACGAUCAACGCGCCCGGUCACGUAGCGCGUUCGGGAAGCUCCUAGCUUUGUGCCUCCUUGUUCAAACUCAAGUUAUUCCAAAAGGAAAAGUUUAGAAAUUCCAGCUGCUUAAAAAUUCGUUGCUGUGGUUCUCACUGUAGCAUAAUACGUGCUCAGUGAAAUAACUCAAAUCAGCAGAGACUCGAGGUGCCGUCGGCACCGCCUGCCCCGGGAGAAGCCCUUGCGUUUCCGCACCUGAGCAUAGAUUACUGCCAUUCCUCUGUUUCAUCACAGAUGUAAGCACGCUCUGUCCCGCCAGAGCUAAGGGUCGCGGAGAAACUGGUUUGCUGGGAACACAGAAGUGGUGGCCCUGCGGGGAGAGGCCUGGCACGGGGGGACGGCAGGGGGCAGGCAGGAAGGACUCCAAGACCCCCGGCCCCACGCCCCAGCAUUUCCAGGUCAGCAAGGGGUCCGCCAUCCAACCCGUUGCCUGAGCUGGAAUCCUAGAGCCCGCACGAGGCCUGCUCCUCCCUCGUCUGCCCCACCCGAGCCCAGGCACAGGAACCCACACCGGCUGUGUAGCUGGACCUUUAGGGUAGGUCUGAUGGUGACAAAUUCUUUCAGUUUUCUUUCUUCUGAGAAUGUCUUGAUUUCUUUUUCAUUCCUGAAGGAUAUUUUCACUGGAUAUAAGAUUCCGGGUUGACAUUUCUUUCAGCACUUGAAGAAUGUCUGCCAUUUCCUUUUGGUCUCCAUGGUUUCUGAUGAGAAAUCUGCUUUCAAUCACAUUGUUUUCCCCUUAUUCUUAAGAUGUCAUUUCUCUUACUGCUUUUGAGAUUUUUUCUUUGUCUUUAGUUUUCAGAAGUUGCAAUAUGCUACGUCUCAGCAUAGAUUUCAUUUGGUUUAUCCUUUUUGGGGUUUUCUCAGCUUCCUGAAUCUGUAGAUUCAUGUCUUUUGCCAAAUUUGAGAAUUUUUAAGCCAGUGUUUCUUUAAAAACUUUUCCAGUCCCACCCUCAUCUUUUUUUUCUUCCUGAGAUUCUGGAUCACACAAAUGCUAGAUUUUUUUUUUUUUUAAUAGUUUCUUAGGUCCUUUAGGUUCUGCUCAUUUUUAAAGUCUGUUUUAAAGUCUGUUGUUCAGAUCGAGUCAUUUUUAUUGUUUUAUCUUUAAGUUCACUGAUUUAUUCCUCUGUCCCCUCCCCUUUGAUGUUGAGCCCACCUGUUGAGUUUUAAAUUUUGAUUAUUGCAUUUUUAGUUCUAAAAUUUCCACUUGAAAAAUAAAUAAAUAAAUAAAUAAAUAAAUAAAUAAAUUUUCCAUUUGGCUCUUCCUGACAUAUUCUAUUUCCUUGCUGAGACUUUCUAUUAUUUCAUUUGUUCCAACUGUGUUCAUUGUUGAAGGAGUUUCAUAAUGGCUGCUUUAAAACCUUUGGUAGGGACUUCCCUGAUGGUGCAGUGGUUAAGAAUCCGCCUGCCAAUGCAGGGGACACGGGUUUGAUCCUGGGUCCAGGAAGAUCCCACAUGCUGUGGAGCAACUAAGCCCGUGCGCCACAACUACUGAGCCUGCACUCUAGCGCCUGUGAGCCACAACUACUGAGCCCAUGUGCCACGACUACUGAAGCCCAUGUGCCUAGAGCCCAUGCUCUGCAACAAGAGAAGCCACCGCAAUGAGAAGCCCGCGCAGCACAACAAAGAGUAGCCCCCGCUUGCCACAACUAGAGAAAGCCCGCGUGCAGCAACAAAGACCCAACACAGCCAUAAAUAAAUA